AUGGGGUCCAUGCGACCUAAUGGACGUUUCCUUUCAUUUGCUAAUAACAUACAGAGAACUCAAAAGCAACCUGUCCCAAGUGGAUUUCCCCAAAGUCUAUCCGGCAGUGAGACAGAUGUGUCCACAUCAAAUGAGAAUCUGUCUAGAGAGGAGAGGUAUGUUGUGAGGCAUACAGCACGAGUUGAACCACAAGGACAGGAGAAUCAAAGCCAGACUAACAAUAAUAAUAACAACAGCAAUAGAAAUACAUUGAAGGAUAAUGUAUCGGGCAGUAACCGCAACUCAUUAAAAGACUCGGUAGGUGGAGGUAACAGCAAUCGUAGUUCCUUGGAUGUUUCAUCAUCAUCAUACAAUACCCUCAUCAUUCAUAAUCAGGAUGACUCCUGGUCUUCAAGACCAACACCAAUUCGGGAACAUGAAAGAACAAACAGUGAAGUUAAGCAUACAACAACACAGUCUUCACCAUACCACACCUUGAAGAAGAGUGAUGCAGCGAAAAAGCCUAGCGGGAUACCUCUACCGAAAGUUCAUAAAGAGCAAACGGUUACAACAAGUGCUAAUUAUAUAGAUAUCGGAGGUCAAAGAAUUUAUACGAGCCCACCCGAUCAAGGAGUUCAGGAAAUAACUGAAAUACCGGAUGAUUUUCUGAAUCAGUCAUCAGUUCUGAAACAUCUUGCCAAGGAAGUUACCCAAUCUCCGACACCUCGAGGGCUCACACCUCCUGCCUCUCCCCAAUCAACUCGAGCUCCCUCGAAACCUCGUGAAGAAAGGAAAGGAAAAGGAUCGAAAGCUAAACUCAGUAAAGAAAAGUUGAAUUUGUCAAGAUCACAGCCGGAUCUAACAAGUGUUGGUGUCCGAGCAGUACCUGGUGGUUCAGAAUCCAGCGGUUGGUGUAGCGGAGGCGAGGGUUCUUUGGAGGAGGCUGAUGAUGCGUUUGCAGCUGUUCUGGAUGCUCUAGCAGCUGAGAACCACGCGCUGAAGAGACAGCUGGCUGAUGCGUGCGAGCGAGUAGCCAAGACACAUAAGUUGGAGCAGGAAGUGGAAAAGGUUCGUACAGCCCACGAAGAGCUGGUGGGGUCGUGUGAGAGAAGGGAGCGCCUGGAGCGAGCCGCGCGGGUGAGGCUGCAGGCUGACUGUAGGCGACUACACGAGAUUAAUAGGGCUCUCAAACACCAGACGGAGUUACUAUCGUCUGGAGGUCGGGCGGAGGGCGGCGCUAGUGUGGAGGCUCUGAGGAAGGAGUUACAAGGACGGGAGAUGCUCAUAGCGCAACUAAUUACACAGAAUAAGGAGCUGGCCUGCGCUAAGGAGCGUCAGGAGAUAGAGAUGUCAGCUCAGCGGGCGACGUUACAGGAGCAGAGGACGCACAUCGACAUACUGGACACGGCGCUCACUAACGCUCAGGCUAACGUGGUGCGGCUGGAGGACGAGUGUCGUCACGCGAGUGGGUACGUGGAGCGCGUGUUGGGUCUGCAGAGGGCGCUGGCGUCGCUACAACAGGCAUCGGACAGGAGGGAACAUACCGAGAGGAAGCUGCGGGCACAGCUAGAAACGGAACUACAGGCGCUCAGAAAACGUGAGUGUGUGUGCGGUGGUGUUGAUACGUCUGGUGUGAGUGGUGGAGGGGGCACCGCGUGUGGCGGGGAGGCGGGGGCGGAGGCCGAGCUCAGGAGGGCGCUUCGGUCCAGAGAUGAGAGGCUGCUGGCUUUAGAAGGGGAGUGCGCCAAGUGGGAACAACGAUACUUGGAGGAGGCCGCGCUCAGACAGGCGGCUGUCUCCGCAGCAUCCAUACCUAAGGACGCUAAGAUCGCUGCCUUAGAGAAGACGUCAGCGGAGUCCGAGAGGUUGAUGGCGGAAGCUCGCAGUGAGAAGAUACGACACAUGGACGAACUACACUUAGCACAGAAGAAGGUGGCUGACUUGGAGAGUAGGGUUAAAGAGCUGGAGUCUAAAGUGGCUGAGCGUGAUGCGAUGAUCAAAGUGUUACAGAAACACACGAGCGCCGCCUCCCUCAGAAACAACUCGAGUAGAGAGGAACUCGUGGGCCUAUCGUCGGGAGCGUCGUUCUCUAGCGCGGAGGGCGUGGGCUCGGCCGGCGUCACCAACCGAUACAGGCACCUCGCACGGAGGAACUACUCCCCACACAACGAUAACAGCGGCUGCGGGUUCGACAGUUCGUCUCUCCGCCUUGAGGAGCAGCUGGCCGCGUUAGAGUCCCGCCUGGAGCGGCCGCCGGUGCCCGCUCGAGGGUUGUGCUGUUUCCCUGGUCUGAGUGCUGCGGGCGUUCGUGGUCGAGGCGAGGAAGCUUUACUUCUGGAGCGUCAAGGUCGAGCCUCUCAGCAAACACGUUCGUCCAGCCUCCCACCACCACCGUCAGCCCUUCCUCGACCGCCACGGAAACCCUCCGCCAGAAACACCAGAUACGAGAGAAUGGAACACAGGGACGCUCGGAAAGACUCCGACGGAUCUGGUUCUAUCGCAUCAACAGCGUCUCGUAGUUCACCCUCGCCGUACGACACAGUCCGUAAGUUACCAUCAGUACCAACAUCAGCUUCCCUGCCGGCGGCCGAGUCUCGUGAGUCUCUCGUAAGGCCACGCGACUCCAGCUUACCGUCGCCUUCCAAGCUGGCUGUCUACGCUGCAGCUAGACGACGCUCCGCUGAAUCAGCCAAAGAUAACAAUAAAAGAACACACCACUAUCGUAUACAGUUCUGA